UCAGAAAAUGUGAAGUCUGAGGGCACGUUCCAGGUCACCAUGCUGCCCGGAGAUGGGGUGGGCCCGGAGCUCAUGCACGCCGUCAAGGAGGUGUUCAAGGCUGCAAGCGUGCCGGUGGUCUUCGAUGAGCAUCACCUGAGUGAGGUGCAGAACAUGGCAUCGGAAGAAAAACUGGAUCAGGUGGUUGACUCUAUGAAGGAAAGCAAAGUCGCCCUUAUAGGCAAGAUCCACACCCCCAUGGAGUACAAGGGAGAGCUGGCUUCCUACGACAUGAGGCUCAGGCGCAAAUUAGACCUGUUUGCAAAUGUUGUCCAUGUGAAGAGCUUACCGGGCUAUAAAACACGCCACAACAAUUUGGACCUCGUGAUCAUCCGUGAGCAGACAGAGGGGGAGUACAGCUCGCUGGAACAUGAGAGCGCAAAGGGAGUCAUCGAGUGCCUGAAGAUCAUCACCCGGGCCAAGUCGCAGCGCAUCGCCAAGUUCGCCUUUGACUACGCCACCAAGAAAGGGCGCUCGAAGGUUACGGCUGUGCACAAAGCCAACAUUAUGAAAUUAGGUGAUGGGCUCUUCCUGCAGUGCUGUGAAGAAGUGGCAGAACUGUACCCCAAGAUCAAAUUUGACACCAUGAUCAUUGACAACUGCUGCAUGCAGCUGGUGCAGAACCCCUACCAGUUCGAUGUCCUGGUCAUGCCGAACCUGUACGGGAACAUCAUCGAUAACCUGGCGGCUGGCUUGGUGGGCGGCGCCGGCGUGGUUCCCGGGGAGAGCUACAGUGCCGAGUACGCCGUGUUCGAGAUGGGCGCCCGCCACCCCUUCGCCCAGGCCGUGGGCAGGAACAUCGCCAAUCCCACGGCCAUGCUGCUCUCGGCUGCCAACAUGCUGCGGCAUCUCAACUUGGAAUUCCACUCCAAUUUGAUUGCGGAUGCGGUGAAGAAGGUGAUCAAAGUCGGAAAAGUUCGGACACGGGACUUGGGCGGUUACUCCACCACUUCUGACUUCGUGAAGUCUGUGAUUGACAACCUGCACCCCCACUAUGGUGCCUAGGAACCCCGCUCGCCCCGGGGAGUCGGGGCCUUCACUGCACCCUGCAGCAGCUUCCCGUAGCUUACAGCCCCGCACCG